AGUUAUUAGUUGAUGAGGCAUCUGAGGAGUGGAUUCGGAGCAUCUUGCGUGAGAUCCCAUUCUCCAACCAUAGCUUCCUCCGCCGUAUAAAUAUUACAUUGAUCUCUCUCAUAUUCAAUUCAACUUCACCAACAUCAUGAAAACUGUUUCUCCUCUGGAAGCCCAAGCCUUCAACUACUUGAGCUUCGGUUUCCUCAGCCUCCUCAACAACUUCUGGACCUGGCUCGCCCUCAGUUUCUGGAGGACCCAAACCCCCAACCCCGAAUUGCUCCCACCACCCCAUGCCCCGAUUCCCCACGAAGCGGGCCCCGUUGCCGUAACUGGGCCUGCUCCAUCUGUGCCCGUUGACGGGCCCACCAAGGGGAAGUUUACCUUGUACUUCGAGGAUGAUGAGAUCGAGAGGGAAUGCGAGAGCGAGGUAACGGUAACGGAGGAGAUUGACGGGAGAGGGGAGUGGUGGGAGAGCUGGGAAAGCUCCUUGAGGAUGAGACGAGGAGAGAACGAGAAGGGUUGGUACACGUGUCAGGAUUUGACGGCGCUUAACGGUAGCGUUGUCAAGUUAUGGAUGCCUUCUGCCUUCACCACCAGGGAUAGUUCAACCUGUGUUUUUCUAUAUGCUAAUAAUACUCAUCUUACCAAUACAAUAUUCUUAAAUUAGAUACAUAGUAGCCACCUUUUAUGCAGAAUCAAUGUAUAUAUAUAUGCUACUACUUGUGCCUAAUCAUCAUCAUAAUAAUCAUGAUCGUGCACAAGGGUUAAUUAAUGCUUGUUUAUUUCAGCGGCUUUGAUCCAGAAAUUUCUGAUGAUAUGCACAUCCAAAAGUAAGCAAAUUUAACAUGGUCUUAAUUAAGACUGUUGGUUAUCUGAAA